AUGUCCAUGGCGCUGCGCAACUUGGCCACGAGGAUGCGGUCCCCGGCCGCCGCCGUCCUCCGUCCCCGCGUCUCGCCUUCGGCCGGCACGCGGCCCCUCCGCUCCAGGCUCUUCAGCUCCUUGGAGGAAGAUCAGGAAGAUGUGAAAAGGCUGUACCAAGAGAAUCUAGCUACACUUGAUCGAGUGAAGAAACACCAGGAAUUUAUGAGAUCGCGCAUUGGGUUUCUUGAGAAGAGCAACAAGUAUCUGAGUUGGUCUUUCAAGCUGCUUCUGCCUAUUCCCACCGCGGCUGUCAUCCUGAAAGCAAUCGACGGUUAG